CCCAAUCCUCUUUGUGGGAGAGUGACGUCUGCUACUGUCGGAAACGCUGUUAAGCUCGGCAGGCACUGGGAGAGCGGAGCGUGGAGAGAAGCUACACGGAUAACCAAGCGACACAGCUUUCUGGGCCCCCAGGGGAGACGGAUCUGUGCCACCUGAGAAAGACCCAGAGCGUCCUCUCCGGUGGCGUCUCAUGCCUCCAGCUGGGGGAUUGUCGUGGAUUUCUAAAUUUGGUGUGCCGAGAUAGUCGACUACAUCAACAGGUUAGCUGGAAACUGUGCGUGGGGAAAAAACUGGCUUCAAACUCCAGAGGUUAGAGCUGACAAACUGGAAUGCAAACUCUUAAGACAAACAACACAGUUUAAAACUGUUUGAAAACAUUUUUAUUUAGUAUGUGAGAUCAAGUGUGUUUCGGGUUAAACUGCCGCUCCGGCCACAGAACAGAUGGCAAGGCGGCUUCCAUUUGAUGUCAGGUGCGUCUGAAAGGCGUUUGGGUGAAGAUGCACUCAAAGUAUUGGGUCUUUAUUAGGGCUCAUAACUGGAGAGCAAUUUGUUGCUGUGCGUGAAACCUGCGGGGAGUGUUUGUUGUGUGAGAGUGUGACUUGGUCUGUGUGAAUGAAACACAUAAGAAGUGCUUGAACAGUGUGUGUGUGUGUGUGUGUGUGUGUGUGUGUGUGUCUUAGCACGGUGGUGGGGCCCUGUCGAGGUCGUGGUACUGGAUUUCUUAGAGAUGGAGGGUCAUGGUUACGACCAGUUUGGAGAUGGGGAAAAGGACACUUACCAAAUCGACUACCGGCGGAUCGUAGGGGACAUGGAACCGGCUCGGCAGAGCGCCACAAACAGGGACGGGGAACCGGCUCAACCCUGCGGCCCCUCGGCGCCGCACGGACAUGGGCACGAGACUGCAGCCCAGCGAUACAGCGCAACGCGCAUCCAAGCUGGAUAUGAACCAGAGAGCAUGGCAGACUACUUGAUCAGUGGAGGCACGGGUUACGUUCCUGAAGAUGGAUUAACAGCACAACAACUCUUUUCUGUCGGUGAUGGACUAACAUACAAUGACUUCUUGAUCCUCCCUGGUUUCAUAGAUUUUACUUCUGAUGAGGUGGAUCUAACCUCUGCGUUGACAAGGAAGAUAACCCUGAAGACACCUCUUAUUUCAUCUCCCAUGGAUACAGUCACAGAGUCAUUCAUGGCCAUCUCCAUGGCGUUGAUGGGUGGGAUUGGAAUAAUUCAUCACAACUGUACUGCUGAGUUCCAGGCCAACGAGGUGCGCAAAGUCAAGAAAUUUGAGCAGGGCUUUAUUACAGAUCCGGUGGUGAUGAGUCCCCGACACACAGUGGGGGACGUGUUUGAGGCAAAGACGCGCCAUGGUUUCUCUGGGAUCCCCGUAACAGAGACCGGCAGGAUGGGCAGCAAGCUGGUCGGCAUUGUCACCUCCAGAGACAUAGACUUUCUAUCUGAGAAGGACCACGACAGACCUCUGGAGGAGGCAAUGACAAAAAGAGAAGAUUUAGUUGUUGCACCCUCUGGAGUCACACUAAAAGAGGCUAACAAUAUUCUGCAACGUAGCAAAAAAGGAAAGCUCCCCAUAGUGAAUGACAGCGAUGAGCUGGUCGCCAUCAUAGCGAGGACUGACUUGAAGAAGAACAGAGAUUAUCCUCUGGCCUCCAAGGAUUCCCGCAAACAGUUGCUGUGCGGAGCUGCAAUCGGUACAAGGGAGGACGACAAGUACAGGCUGGACCUUCUCAUGCAGGCUGGGGUGGAUGCGGUGGUCUUGGAUUCCUCCCAAGGAAACUCAGUGUACCAAAUUAAUAUGAUAAACUACAUCAAACAGAAAUAUCCAGAACUACAGGUAGUUGGAGGAAAUGUGGUGACGGCUGCUCAGGCCAAAAACCUCAUAGACGCUGGGGUGGAUGCCCUGAGGGUGGGCAUGGGCUGUGGCUCUAUCUGUAUCACCCAGGAAGUGAUGGCAUGUGGACGGCCCCAAGGUACAUCCGUGUACAAGGUUGCAGAGUAUGCGCGACGUUUUGGAGUACCAGUAAUUGCUGAUGGAGGCAUUCAGACAGUUGGGCAUGUGGUGAAGGCUCUGGCCCUGGGAGCAUCAACUGUGAUGAUGGGGUCGUUGCUCGCGGCAACUACUGAAGCCCCAGGAGAGUAUUUCUUCUCAGAUGGUGUACGUCUGAAAAAGUACAGGGGGAUGGGCUCCUUGGAUGCCAUGGAGAAAAAUAACAGUCAGAAACGUUACUUCAGUGAGGGAGAUAAGCUGAAGGUCGCUCAAGGUGUCUCGGGGUCAGUGCAAGAUAAAGGCUCCAUACAUAAGUUUGUUCCCUACCUGAUUGCUGGCAUCCAACAUGGCUGUCAGGACAUAGGAGCCAAGAGUUUAUCCAUUUUACGAUCGAUGAUGUACUCUGGAGAGCUGAAGUUUGAGAAGAGAACCAUGUCUGCUCAGAUGGAGGGAGGGGUCCACGGCCUCCACUCAUAUUCUUUUGUACCAUUUACGAGAAACGACUUUACUGAGGCGGGAGGAAGAGGAAGCAUCCGAGCGGAACCGAACAUCCCGACCCCGGCAGCCAUGAGCACUUGCACAGGGCGCAUGUGAUCAAACGACAAACGGAACAGCUGUUCUAAAACCUCAGGCUGCUUUUCCUGCGCUCUCCCCCCUUUCUUUUUUUUUUCUCUCUAAUCUGUGACAGACAAAGCAAAGCAUUGAGUCUAAAGUUCAAACCUCACAUGCAGCCACACACCUUAUCGUUAUCUGUUGUUGCUGUGGCCGAGGUGCAGUGGAGGUGAUGUAAUUACUUGAUCCCUUUCAACAAGCAAACGGAUGUUUCUUCUUUAGGACUAGCUUAUCAUUGCUGAUCUAACAGGAGGCCUUUUCCGUGGUUUCACCCUGAUUGAGGCGACAAUAAACAACAAAGUCAAAUGCUUUUUCAGCAACAAAUGACACAUGACUCUGGCGUUAAAUAUUUAACAUUUUAAUUCCGAAAUUUUUUUUUAAAAAGAGAAACAUUAAAGAAGACUGUACACACCUUUCUGAUUAUAAUAACAUACAUUAUCCUCAUUUUGGGUUCAUACUGCAAAUAUGUCUAAGUCACAUUGGCUUGACAUGUUGGGAUCAUCCAUUCUUCAUAAAAUAUAAACACAGUAUUAACUAAUAUUAUAGCUAUUGAUUGUAUGUAAUAUAUAAUAAAGGCGGUUAUUGUAUUUUUUCAGGUUGGUUAUUAAAAUAAUUAAAAUGUGAGUGAAUUAAAUAAAGCACACUCAGUGGGGAACAGUUGUAACAAAACAAUUGUCCUGGAUAGAUUUCUUUCUUUAUGGAGGUGUAGACAAAAAGUUGUUUCAAGUUGAUUGAUACGUUUUAAAUAUGUUUUUCUUUUUUCUUUUGUGUUACUCACCAUCUUUGGUAUAACAAUACACAGUUUAUUUUAAUUUUGUAAUGACAACCAAUCAAAUAACUGAGCUCAUGUAGUGGUUGAUCAUGUUAGGGUUGAUCAAUGGUUUGACAGUCUGGUAAUAGUUUUUAAAUUAAAGGUUACAGAUAAGAUAUAACUACUUUCUCACCGGUUUUAAAAUGAUGUUAAUAGUGUUGCACAAAUAAAGAUAAUUUUGACAACGGC